CCAGCCCGGGAAGCGAGUGGGCCUUGGCUGCACGCAACAGUUCGUGCGCAUCAAGCAGCCGGUUUGUGUCUUGGCAAAACCCAAAUGUGGUCCUGCGUUGCUCUGUUUAUGGACAAAAGGACACGGAAUUAAGUCCAAAUGGCCCCGACAGAUCACAAAUCGAAGAAAAGUAACGUUCCACAGAAACAGGGAAACUGGAGGAAGCUACAGAAACAAAAUGCCGGUGUCAAAAAGAAGAAAUGGGUUCCGGAAAACACGUUUUUCCAAGGAAGUGUUAAAGAAGGUCAAGGUUUUGCUUUUAAACGUAAGGAGAAAGUCAAGCAUGAGUACAACAAGCUUGUGCGAAAGGAAAAGAAGAAACAAAACAUGCAGACGUCCUCGUCAUCGGUGUACCGCGAGACGUACCCGGAGCACCUCAAACAUUUGUACGUGGCGGAGGCGGAGAAGCUCAAGAAUGAGUCGUGGACAAACAGAGUGAACCGAGCUAAACUGAGAAUGAAAGGACAAGACCGGGAGGAAGACAGGGCGAUGGAGGAGAACGCGAGCUCCGAUCCAGAAGGUAGUGGCGCGCCUGAAGCGGAAGAUAUUGAGGAGUCAGCAUCAGUAGCAGAAAGUCUUCCACUAAGUAACCGCAUGAAGAAAAAACUGGAGAAGUCGUCGUCCUUCCAGCGGUCAAAGGAGGAGUACGAGAGAGUCCAAGCAAACCGGAGGAAAAAGAAAGAGGAGUUCCUGAAGCGCAAGCAGCAGCGAGAGGAGGCCAUCCGAAAGUACAAAGAGAAGAAGAGGGAGACGUUUCAGAUGCUGUGCAAAAAGACAAAGAAGGGGCAGCCCAACCUCAAUCUUCAAAUGGACUACUUGCUUCAGAAGAUCCAGAAAAACUCGGAAACAACUCCCAAAAACUGAACAUACUCAGAUUUUGCUCCAGAAAGUGAAUCUUUCUACCACAAGAUGGCAUUGUACGAUAAGUGGACAAUAGUUUCAUGUAUUAUUUAAUGCUUUUUUUUUUAGUUAAUAAAUGUGAAAAUGCUGCCUAUUUUAA